GAACGGAUUCUGGGUCUUUUCCGUAACAAAGAAGUGGUUUCUUUUGUGGUUUUUGGCCGCUUUCCCGACGGUGGAAAUGCCGGUCGAUAUCAACCGACUGACGGAUGGGUGGCUGGAGCUGGAGAGCGAUCCGGGGCUGUUUACGUUGCUGCUGGAGGAUUUCGGUGUGAAGGGUGUGCAGGUGGAGGAGAUCUACGAUCUACAGAAAGCCCUCGAGGGCCAGGUGUACGGUUUUAUCUUUCUCUUCCGGUGGAUCGAGGAACGGCGAGCCCGGCGCAAAAUCGUCGAAACGACCGACAUCUACGUGAAGGACGAGGAUGCGGUGAACAACAUUUUCUUUGCCCAGCAGGUGGUCCCGAACAGCUGUGCGACGCACGCCCUGCUCUCGGUGCUGCUGAACUGCUCCGACAUCGAUCUCGGGACCACGCUCAGCCGGUUAAAGAUGCACACGAAGGGUAUGGGACCGGAGAACAAAGGCUGGGCGAUUGGAAAUACGCCGGAGCUGGCCUGUGCCCACAAUUCACACGCGAUGCCACAGGCCCGCCGACGGAUGGAUCGCAAUUCGGGCGUCAGCACGGGACGCUUCACCGGCGAAGCGUUCCAUUUCGUUUCGUUCGUCCCGAUCGAUGGCCACCUGUUCGAGCUGGAUGGAUUGAAGCCAUUCCCGAUGGAUCACGGACCGUGGGAUGAGAAGGAAGCGUGGACGGACAAGUUCCGGCGUGUGAUGUCCGAUCGACUGGGCAUUACGACCGGUGAGCAGGACAUUCGCUUCAAUCUGAUGGCCGUCGUGCCGGAUCGGCGUAUCGCCAUCACGCACAAGCUAAAGAUGCUCCGCACGAACCAAACCAUCGUUUCGGCCGCCCUGGAGAAGCUACUGAAAUCGGAAAAGAAGGAACAGACCGCGUCGGGAUCGUCGGCGACAGUUAAAAAGGAAGACGUGGAAUGCACCGCCGUAAAGCAGGAACCGGAAUCUCCCGUCAAGCUAUCGUCCGAGUACUCGGAACUGUUGGCAUUCAAAGAGAAGCAGUCGCCAAAGAACCAAAGCGACAGCACGACACCUACGGCGGCCACGACACGACAACCCCCGUCCCCAUCGGCCGCAUCCUCAUCGACGGUGACGAUGUCGAAAGAGCUGGAAACGCUCGUAUCAAUGAACAGCUCAUCGGAUUCGGUGGAGAUCGUAGGGGAAAGUAGCGCCAUCAAGCAAGAACCGGAUCACCAAGAACCACCACCGUCCCCUCCCGGAUCGUCGUUCAUCGGUGCGGGCACCUUCUCACCGAAGGAUCUACUGUCGCUCCUGAAGAACCUCGAGUCGGAGAUCACAAUCACCGAGCAGCAUCUGUGCGAUGAGAAUGAGAAGCGCGAUCGGUUCAAGCUGGACGACUGCCGGCGGACACACAACUACGACGAGUUCAUCUGCACCUUCCUCUCGAUGCUGGCCCACGAAGGGGUGCUGGCGGAACUCGUCUCACAGGAUCUCAUCACAAGCCGCAAACCGAGCUUCGGCGGUAUGCACAGUGCGGCCAGUGCCAGCAGGGCCAUCUCACGGAGCUACAAAAAGACGGCGCCCGCAGCGGCGGCCACCAACGGUACCUCACCGAAGACACCAGGUGCGAAGCGGCGCCGUGGUCGAGCCAAGUGUCGGAAACGCAAGUGAAACGACUGCAUUCCGUUUCGGGACACGCUUUGA